AUGUCCACAUUCACAUUUCCGGGCGAUAAACUGCCUGUAGACCCUAUUUUACCCGUCAAGCUAGGUCCUGGUAUAUACUGUGAUCCCGAUGAUCAAGAAAUACGGCCCGUUAAUACAGGUAUCUUGCAUGUUUCCACUAAGGGCAAAAGCGGUGUUCAGGCUGUAUGUAUAGACUAUUCCAGUAGGAGAUACGUACCAUCAGUAAACGAUUUUGUGAUUGGAAUAAUCACGGGAACGUUUUCAGAUAGUUAUAAAGUUUCGCUGCAAAAUUUCUCAUCCAGUGUUUCGUUGUCCUAUAUGGCAUUCCCUAAUGCUUCGAAGAAAAACAGACCAACGUUGCAAGUGGGUGAUCUAGUAUAUGCAAGAGUUUGUACAGCAGAAAAGGAACUAGAAGCUGAAAUAGAAUGUUUUGACUCAACUACGGGACGCGAUGCUGGUUUCGGAUUAUUAGAAGAUGGUAUGACUAUAGACGUAAGUUUGAAUUUCGCACGCCAGUUACUUUUUAACAAUGACUUUCCCCUAUUAAAAGUGUUAGCUUCGCAUACCAAGUAUGAGAUUGCCAUCGGUCUCAAUGGGAAGAUUUGGGUAAAAUGCGACGACUUAUCUAAUACUUUAGCUUGUUAUAGAACUAUAAUGGAGUCUUGUGAAAAAAAUGAUAUGACUACGUUCAAGGAUAUAGCAAAAAAACAAUUCGAAGAAGUACUCACCGUUAAAGAAGAGUAG